AUGGAUUCCCUUCCAGUUGAGGUAACCAAGCCCCUUCGACGUAUCGGAGCUGGCCACUGCGGUUCCGUCUGGGCUACACUCACCUCCCCCAACGACUAUCCAGGACUUCCAAUUGCUUUGAAGAGAGAGGACGGCAGUCCUGGGCGUUCUCUCAGAAACGAAUUUACGAUUCAAACACAAGUCUACCAGGGACUAGGAUCAGUUCUUGUACCAUCUCCCCUCGCCUUCAUCGAGAAGGGUGAAGGCUUCGAGCCUUGCAAUGCGAUGAUGAGCGAACUCAUCAAGCCAGUGUCUGACGCGUGCCGCCAAGUCUUGGCUGAAAAAUAUUGCCCACAGGGCAUGCUCCCAUCACAAAUUCUCAACAGCCCGGAGAAUGAGCACUGCCUUGUCCGAAUCUACCUCGGCAGACGACGUGUCGUGAGCAGCGAUAAGAAGCGACAUCUUUCCAGAUUCUUCAGCCUGAGGAAUUUCCCCCUCCACAUGGACCAAGUGGAAGAACUUGGUCUUCCCUGCGGCACUUGGGCCAAAGCUAUGGGCGGCGCACUUGCUACCAUCCACUGGAAGCUGAGAGUGGAUGGCGCAGAUAUCGAAUUCGUCUUGGGGGCACCCAGACAUACGACAGCCGAUACCCUUGACGAGAGCGCCCUUUGGGUCUUGGAUUUUGAUUGCUGCAAGCCAAUCACUGCGGAUAGUGAUGGGUUAAUGGCAAUUGCGAGAGCGUUCUGGCGAAACGACCCUUAUUAUCCCCGCCCUGGAACGCUUAAUGAGAAGGAUCAACAACUCUGGAGCAUAUUUGCGGAAGAGUAUAAGAGAGUUGGGAAGGAGGUUUUGGAAGCGGAUUUAUACAAUCUGGUUGAUGAAGCCGUCUCAAGGAUCGAGGAAUCUCGAGGCAAGUUCUCGAGCAGUACACAUAUUUAG